AUGGCUGUCGCAAGCGACGCUUGGUCUGACGCGGAGCAGGAGCUGCUUGAAGAAGGUCUGGUAAAGUUUGCAGUCGUCUGCGACCUGAAAGAGAAAUGGAAAGCCAUUGCAGCCCACGUCGGGACACGCGACGUCAAAGCUUGCGCCGCGAGAUUUAAGGCCUGUCGUGAGCGAGCUCUCAAAGAGCAAAAGGAGGAAGAGGAGGAAGAAGAAGAGGCAGCUGCGGUGGAGGUGGCUGCUGACUCGGCUUGGUGGAACGGGAAAUGGAGCGACUGGCGAUGGAAUGGCCGCAGUUGGGAUUGGACAUCUCAGUCUGGCCAAGGGUGGACGGACCAGGAAUGGAAGCAGGACUCAGCUGUGGAUGAGGCGGAUCGCCGAAAAUGGGAGAUCCAGCAAGAGAUUGAUGCGAAUCGACGACGCUUGCUCCAGAAGGAGGAGCAGAAGCAGCGCGAGGCCGAACAACGGGAAGCGAAGAAGCGUGCCGAGUUCGAGGCCAAGGAGAAGGAGAGGCUGGAAAAGAUCCAGGAGCGAGAAAAGAAGAUCCAGGAGGCUGUUCAGCGAGAGCAGCUCGAAAAGGCGGAGGCGGAGCGGCGGCGGCAGGAGCUGCAGCGCAAAAUGGAGGAGGAGGAUGCCAAAGCCGGCUUCUACGGCCAGCGCCAUGCCGUGGGUAAAGGCAAAAUGGGGAAAGGCCGAUCAUCUGGCAAAGGCACCGGAAAGGGCGCCCAGCAACGGCAGCAGAAGCAGGAGGAGAUGGAGCGCAGAGCUCGUGAAGCGCUUGCCAACAUCGGCCUCGCGAAGGAGCCCGAGCCCGGGCUGGAAGAGCAGAGCGAGGAAGAGGAGGAAGAGGAGGUCGUGGAGCCUCCGGCGCCGGCACCGAGUGCGCCAAGAGCGGCCGCUUCGGAAGCCAAGGCACCACCUCAAGCAGAAGUGGAUGGAAAAGGAAAGAAAGGAGGCAAGUCCAAAGGCAAAGGUAAGGGAAAGCGUGGCAAGGAGCGCAAACCCGGUUGGUGGGCCAAAGUCGAGGGCGACUGUCCCAUCUCGCUUGUCCCCAUCGCGGAGUUGCCCGCGCCUCCGUUCUGUUUGCAGCCGGAGGGCACAGCGAUACCUCACUACUUCGAUGCUCGGUUUCUGGCCAGCUUCUUGCUGAGCUCCUUCGAUUUCAUUAACCCGGUGAAUCGAACCGCGCUGACGCGGGAGGAGUGUUUGGCCUUGGACGCUCACCUGCGUGCACACUACCCGGAGCAGCAGGCAACAUCUGUGGCUGAUGCCUUCGACCUUUUCCAGCGCAACGGCGGAGGUGGCUCCGAUUCCGUGCGCCGCGAAGCCACUGCUGUCUUUCAACACCUGUUUCGGUUCAAUGUGCGGGAUCUGGAUUCACGUGGCCGCGCCAUCAACUACAACGACGGUGGACUCACUGUCAUUGACGACGAUGACAUCCGAGUCAGCUCAGCGCAGCACGAGACCUAUCGAUCAGGUGCCUGGGCAAAGUCCUCAGCGCCAGCCGCGGCAGAGGCGCUGGUGACCGGCGGCUAA